UUUUGAUAACAGAAACAAAUUGAAAGUACUUCAUGGCAUCUGCUGUAGUUUCAUUUUACAACCGUCCGUAGUAUUGUUUUAAUUUUAGAUUUUUUUUUAACGAGUUAUUAAAAUAAAUAAAUAAAUAUAUGAAGUGAACCUGUAUCUAUCAAUAGAAUAUUAUUCCUUUAAGGUUAUAGUCAAAACAAUCAUUCAUUAUGGCUUGAUUGGAACUUAACGAAACCGUUCAGUAAUAUGGGCGGUAAUGUAUCACAGCUCGAAAGAGAUAUUGGAUCUGAUCAAUUUCCUCCCAAUGAGCAUUAUUUUGGACUAGUUAAUUUUGGAAAUACUUGUUACAGCAAUUCUGUGCUUCAAGCAUUAUAUUUUUGUAAACCAUUUCGUGAAAAAGUACUUGAAUAUAAGGCACGAAACAAAAGAAAUAAAGAAACAUUGCUUACUUGUUUAGCUGACCUUUUUCAUAGUAUUGCUACUCAAAAAAAAAAAGUUGGUUCAAUUGCUCCCAAGAAGUUUAUUAAUAGAUUAAGAAAAGAAAAAGAAGAAUUCAAUAAUUAUAUGCAACAGGAUGCUCAUGAGUUCUUGAAUUUUCUAAUUAACCAUAUUAAUGAGAUAAUACUUUCUGAACGCAAUCAAACAAAUUGUAAUGGUAAAUCAAAAAAUAUAACCCCCAGUGUUAUUGAUGGAGAGUCUACAUCAAGUAGUAUUACUAGUUCAAGUAGUCAUAGUGAAGAUCCAACGUGGGUUCAUGAAAUAUUCCAAGGUAUACUAACAAGCGAAACUAGAUGUCUUAACUGUGAAGAAGUUAGUAGCAAAGAUGAAGAUUUUUUUGAUUUGCAAGUUGAUAUAGAUCAAAAUACAAGUAUUACUCAUUGUUUACGCUGUUUUAGUAAUACAGAAAUGCUAUGUAGUGAUAAUAAAUUUAAGUGUGACAACUGCUGUAGCUAUCAAGAAGCUCAAAAAUGUAUGAGAGUUAAAAAGUUGCCCAUGAUUUUGGCUCUUCAUCUAAAACGAUUUAAAUAUAUGGAACAAUUUAAUAGACACAUCAAAGUAUCCCAUAGAGUAGUUUUUCCUCUAGAAUUGAGAUUAUUUAAUACAUCUGAUGAUGCUGUAAAUCCAGACAGAAUGUAUAAUCUUGUUGCUGUAGUUAUUCAUUGUGGUAGUGGUCCAAACAGAGGUCAUUAUAUAAGUAUUGUAAAAAGUCAUGAUUUUUGGUUAUUAUUUGAUGAUGACAUGGUCGAUAAAAUUGACCAAUCAGCUAUAGAAGAUUUUUAUGGGCUCACAUCGGAUCUACAAAAGUCCUCAGAAACAGGUUAUAUUUUAUUUUAUCAGUCCAGAGAUGCUAUUGAUAAUACAAAAUCUGGAUCAAAUGAUUCAAAAACUAAUCAUUGUAAAUGAUUUUUGAUUAUAUUUUAAUUGAAAAAUUAUGAUUUAUGUGUUUAUAUUUGUUAACCAAAGUGAUAUAUACUUUAAAAUUUAAAUUGUUGACUAUUAGUAUGAUUAUAUUUAUGUGUCCAAAAAUUGUGAUUAUAAUGUUGAUUGUUUCAUGCAAAAAUUGUA